AUGUCGAAAAGAAAAUCUCUUAGUGUUGUAGAUAAAGUGGAUUUGUUGAAGGACGUAGAUUGUGGUAUGAAAAAAAAAGACAUUUCUGUUAAGUUUGGUAUUCCCCCAAGCACUGUAUCAACUAUCAUAAAAAACCGAAAUGCUGUAAUGAAAUCAUAUGAAAAUAUUGAGCCCAAUAGAAAACGUUCAAAAACAUGCAGCUAUGAAACUGUGGACGAGGCAGUCUUGAAGUGGAUCAAGGUUGUUCGAGACCAAAAUUUGCCAAUAUCUGGUCCACUCAUCAAAGAAAAGGCGCUGGAAUAUGCAAAGCAUUUUGGAUGUGAUGAUUUUCAAGCCAGUUCUGGGUGGCUCGACAAAUUUAAGAAAAGGCAUGCAAUCAAAGAAAAGGUUGUUUCUGGAGAAAGCAGAAGUGUGGAUGACGCAGUUUGUGAUGACUGGAGAAACAAUGAGUUGAAGAAAAUCCUGAAAGAUUAUCAGUCCGAUAAUAUUUUCAACGUUGAUGAAAUGGGUCUAUUUUACAAGUGUUUACCUAACAAAACUUUAACUUUAAAAGACAAUGACUGUCACGGCGGCAAAAGCAGCAAAGACAGAAUAACUGUACUUGUUGGUGCUAACAUGAGUGGCAAAGAGAAACUUCGUUUAUUGGUCAUAGGCAAGAGCAAGAAUCCAAGAGUGUUCAAAAAUGUAACAUCUUUAGAGGUUGACUACCGAUCCAAUAAGAAGUCAUGGAUGACCAGUGACAUUUUUGAAGAGUGGAUUUCGAAAUUGGACAGAAAAAUGUGCGAUCAAAACAGAAAAAUUGCUUUGCUUGUAGACAAUUGCCCUGCCCAUCCCAAUGUGUCUUCAAAACUGUCAAAUGUGAAUUUGAUUUUUCUUCCCCCGAACACCACUUCAAAAUUACAACCAAUGGACCAGGGUGUCAUAAAAAACCUGAAACUUCAUUACCGAAAACGCAUUCUUCGACGACUCAUCUGGACAUUAGAAAACGAAGAGACAAAUUUACAUAAGGUGAUUGAUCUGAGGAUAUGUGUGGCAGAAUUAGCCAAAGUGUGGGAAAAUGACGUUUUAGAAUCAACAAUAAGAAACUGUUUCGCAAAAGCUGGGUUCGAUAUUUUGCCAGAAAUUGAAGAGCAAGACGUGUUCCCGCACAUCCAACAAUCAUGGGAAACUCUGCACUCCCAAGGGCAUAUCACAGAUGGCAUUCACCUUAAUGAAUUCCUGACCGUCGAUGAUAGGUUGAUUGUUGCUGAUUAUCCUACAGACGAAGAUAUAUUAAGUUCAAUUACUGGCACUGAAAAGGAAAUCGAAGAAAUUGAAGAAAUUGAGUAUGCAACCAUAACCAAGCCAUCAAAAAAUGAAAUGCGAGAAGCAUUUGAAACAAUACGUCGUGGCCUGCAAUUCGUGGAAAAUGUUCCUGAUGAAGUGUUUAGUGGACUAAAUAAAUGCGAACAUUUUUUUGAUGAACAUUCUAUAAAACAGGCUGUUCAGCAAGAUAUCCGUAGUUUUUUUAAAAGUAGUAUAUGA